AUGUUUACGUCUGUUUGCAUGUUCCUGCUACAGAAAGGAAAGAAUGAAUGCAGCCCUCCUUUCCUUGCUGAUGGCACUCUCACAAACAUAGUGAACAUUCCUAAAACUCACUGGACUUUCUAUAAGAAGUAUGGCAGAUAUCAACCCCACAAAGUACAGUACAAGAAGAGCAAGGAUUCUCUGUGUGCACAGGGAAAGCAGCAUUUUGACAGGAAACAGAAUGGCUGUGGUGGGCAGACUAAGCCAAUUUUCCACAAAAUGCCUAAAUUUACAAAGAAGACUGUGCUGAGGCUUGAAUACAUUGAGUUCAACUGCAGAGGUAAGAGAGUGCUGGCUAUUAAGAGAUGCAAGCAUUUUGAACUGGAAGGCGAUAAGAAGAGAAAGGGCCAAGUGAUCCUAAGCUUCAUAUUUAGUUUUAUUAUGUGAUGGUAAAAUCUUGAGGAUUUGUUCACUUAAAAAAAAAAAAGAAAAAA